CAUUUCUAUUUUCCCCAGCCACGUCAGUCCGCAAUCGAUGGCAGUCCGAACUCAGAAAUUCACCAUGAGGAGCAUUGUUCGAGUAGCGUUCGUCCUGAUCGCCUACAGUGCAUCACGUGCAUGUGCAAGAUUUUCAUUCAAUACCAAGGACUUGGUAUUGUUAGUGAAUGAUUCGACAACACUCACAUUGACCUUAAUGGGCAAUGUACCAGGAAAUACUACAUUAAUCCUCAGCACUAAUCAUAAAGACUUACUAACGACAAAUAUUUCAAAAAUAGAAGUCACCAAUUCUACAGGUCCAAAUGUAUGGCCAGUAGAGUUGUUUGGUCAGGAUGCCGGCCACGAUUUAUUAAAAGUUGAUGCUUAUCUUUCUUCCAUAAAAUCCAGUGAUGCUUUUGUGAGAGUCACUCUGCAACAUUCUAAUGAAUUGGCUUUAGUCAGUGCUGUUGUUGGAUGGAUUUACUUUGGUGCAUGGUCAAUAUCAUUCUAUCCUCAGAUGUACGAGAACUGGAAACGUAAAAGUGUUGUUGGUUUAAAUUUUGACUUCAUUGCACUGAACUUGAUUGGAUUUAUGUUAUAUUCGAUGUUCAAUGUUGGUCUAUGGAUACCUGAAGUUGAAAAAGAGUACUCUGCCCGAUAUCCUCGUGGACUAAAUCCAGUUCAAUUAAACGACAUAUUAUUUUCUAUUCAUGCUGUAUUUGCUACUUUAAUAACUGUGACCCAAUGUUAUUUUUAUGAGAAAGGUGAUCAACAAGUUUCUCGGACAGCGAAAUCAAUCAUGUCCUUUUACGGAUUACUUAUAACCAUGCUAUUAGUUCUAGUAUAUUUACAAAAUAUAGUAUGGCUGGACUUUCUUUAUUAUUGCUCAUAUAUCAAGUUGACCAUAACACUCAUCAAAUACAUUCCACAAGCUGUAAUGAAUUACAAGCGUAAGAGUACAUUCGGUUGGAGUAUCGGAAACAUAUUUUUAGAUUUCAUAGGAGGAUUACUUAGUAUAUUACAGAUGAUUAUCAACGCAUAUAACUACAAUGAUUGGGCUUCAGUGUUUGGUGAUCCGACCAAAUUUGGUUUGGGUUUGUUGUCAGUGAUUUUUGAUAUAUUGUUUUUCGUACAACACUAUGUAUUCUACAGGUUCAAAAAAACAUGAGGAAACCUAAAGUAACACGGUUAACGAAAUAGAUUCAAGUUUUUUUUUUUUUAACAAAUAUUUCAACUUCACAAAAAAUAAUGUGUAUUAAAUAUUCCAAUCGUUCUAUGUGCUACUAGCUUAUUAAGAAUAAUGUAUUAUUUUAUUAGCUUAAUAAUAUAUAAGUCAACUUGAAAAAAAAAAAGCUAACACAGUUAUACAAAUUACUGUGACAUUUGUAUACUACACUAUUUCAUUAUAAUAUAAAUAAAACUUUUUUUUUUAAAUAGAAUAAAUAAGUAAAAAAUAGUAUAUAUGAUUCUAGAACUAAAUUAAGUUGUUCAACUAUUAACCUAAAUUAAGUUACUUGUCUGAUUAACAAACAACUUAACUAGAUUAAAAAAAAAAACAAUAAUAUACAUAAAUAGAUAAUAAAUUGUGGAUCAAUAGUAAAAAUACUUUAGUUUGAAUGUUUGUGAAUGUUAAUUACAAGCACGUUAUGAUAUUUAUUACUUUUAUAAAACAAUUUUAUUAUGUAA